UGCGGCCCGAGUACCGCCGAACUCAGAUGGUCCACAAAAAACCCCCGACACCAACCGAAACUGUGACUUCAGCUGUUCCUCAUUCAAGUCUGAUGUCAGUGAAGUGUGUGUGUCGAGCCUGAGAGCAGAUAAAUGAGAGUUAAAGGAGGAGAGCGCUGAUCUCCUCUCUUUCUUUCUCCCUUUCUCUCCUGAAACCCUCAGCCCCUCCCUGACCAGACCGAACCAGAAGACCUGGGAUUAUUUUUUUUUCCUGGGGAUUGGAGGCGUGAGAAAGAGAACUACUGAAGAUGAAAGUAAUCAGCGCUGCAGUGCUCAGUGCCGUGUUCUGCACCGUUGUGUCAGCGUCUCUGAAAGUCAAAGAGGAACGCAGGACGGCGUUCUUCGGCGAGGACAUCCACAUGGUCGUCCCGCCCGGGAAGGUCGGCGAGGUUGUGUUCAAACCCAGGACCAAUCAGUCCAAUGAGGUGGUUCUGAUGCAAGCCGGCAAGGUGGUGAGCCCGCGGAGUUAUCUCAACUCUCUGGGCCACCUGGUGCUGGAGGACGUGCAGGAAGAGGACGAGGGCGUGUACGUCAUCAAGAACAGCAACCACCCGGUCAAGCGACUGUCCCUCGCUGUUAGGGACUGCGCAUUGGAGGAAGUGGUUAAGUAUGGAGAUACCUACUACAUCCACCUCAACCAUGUUGAAGGCCCCAUCAGCCUGGAGUUCAGGCCCAGUCCGGUUCAUGUCAAUCAAACGGAGAUCCACCAUACCACAGAGGCUCCGCCUGUGUUGCUGUACAACCAGACGGGGGUGUUGGCAGACGAUUACGUGGGACGCCUCAGCGUGUCAGAGAAACGGGUGACACUGCACGCCGUGAGGAUGAUGGAUGAGGGGAGCUUCACUGUGCUGGACCGCGAGGGCAAAGUCAGGCGGAGGAACUGUCUGAAUGUCAGAGAACACCAGGAAUUUGAGCACCUUGGCUAUGGAAAAAACCUGGAGAUGAAACUUUACCUGCACUACACCAAUGUGAGCGUCGUCUACAGGCCCAAAGCAGACAAUCAGGACCGGGUUAUUCUGGACCAGGGGGUUCUGGUGACACCACUGGACCCUCUGCUGGACGGCAGGCUGACUGUGGAUGGCUCCAAGCUCAUCAUGAAGAAGGUCCAUGAGGCAGACAGUGGCGUCUUCAAAGUGACAGACCUGUCUGGAUUUGUUGUGGCUCACGUCUACAUAGAGGUGGAGGCCUACCGUCUGCCACGUCUCACUGUGAGCAUCCUGUCCAUGCUGGGCCUGAUCGCCUUCUUGCUGCUGGUGUGCCUGCUGUCCUGCCUCUACAAAGUGCACAAGAGGAACGAGAAGAACAAGAAGCUGGAGCUUAUCGCUCAGCAGUCGGGCAAGGGCGACGGCGACGCCUUCAGACAGGUCGUCCAUGAUGCGUACACCAGGUUCACUGAGGAGUCGCUGGCGCAGUCUGUGUGUGAUCAGCCUACAGAGAGCACAGAGGUCACCAUCAAGGGCCUUGAAGUGUCCAAACCAGGUCGCUACCAGGCUCUUAACUCAGACAACUUCUUGGAGAUGAGUGACUCCGGUGUGGAGUUCACCAGCUCUGGUCUCCCACUAGACAGCGACACUGAUGCCGCGAUCACCUACGCCUCCAACAAACCACUCCUCAACGCCGUCUCCCCCACAGCCGUGACCAAAGGAGUUUACUCCGACAGCCAGGAGGCCACCGCUGUCCCCGACGGCGAGCUGAGCGCCACUCGGACCCCUGACUCCGCCAUGAGCGCCAGCCCGGCAUCCAACCCUCGCUCGCUUGCAGCCGCGACCCCCGACGGCAGCCUGCAUGGAGCUGCGUCACCGGGAACGGCCUCCAGGGGCACCACUGGCUCAGAUUCAGUCAAGACAGAAGGAGGAGAGAGUGGAGAAGCCGAGCUGAAAGAGGAACCUGCUCAGAGCACCUGAGAGGGUGUAUUUCUAUUUUGUGUCUCUGUACACAGUAAUGACAUCCACAUCUGGCAUUUCUGAGAACCUUCAUCAUAUCCAAACACCACCACAAGUCCUUGAUCAUGGCGUCACAAAAACAACAACACAAAUCAAAUAUUCAUGCCUGGAGCUGGAUGUCACUGCAGCCCAGGAGAAAAAUAACAAAAAGGCUGUCGCACAAAAUGCGCAAUGCGAAAUUUAAUGCACUAUGCACUGGAAGAUGAUAUGCAAAGUGUAAAACCCCCAAAGCUCCAUCAAAAGAAGAACAAUGCAGUUUUGUGCAUAUGGUAAAAUGCAUGCAUUUCAAUUAAACAUUUAAGUAGAUGUCAUAGUUCAGAGCUGCAGGAGGAUGCAGCCAUUAGAGUAGAUUGACUGCAUGUGAUGAAAGAAGAGCGGGCUCCGAAAGAUGUUACGGAUAUGUGAAAAGGGUGAAACACUCAGCACUUAUUAGGGGUCAACGAUGUCAGCACCUAGCGAAAAACGUCGAGUAAAUGUAUACAUUAUUGCGGAGUUUGACAGAUUUGACAGGCAGCGACAUGAACGGACACAACUUACUUAAGACCACCAACAACAACAACAGCAAAGACAAUCUCUCCCUGGUUGAAACCAGACGUGUUGCCUCCGACAGCACUUUUGUCUGCUUUCACGGCAUCACAUAAACACUGCGAUGAUUGCAUUUCAUCCCACCCACACACUGACUCUAUUAUUAACACUACAAGCAUGUCAGAAACAAAAAAAACAACAAAACAAAGCCGCCUCUGUCUCUCCAGAUACAAGUGCUUGUCUCAGCACUCACUCACCGACGAAAACUUCCCUCACCGUAAAAACAGGAGAUCGAGAAUCGGCGCGACUGUGCGAGUCCUGGGCGGCUGUUGUCGUUUAGACAUAAUCAAAAAGUGGAAACAUCACACGCACAAGAAUGAUGAAAUGUCAAGUGUUUUUCCUUCGUACUAGUGGAGUUGUCGUGACAGAGUGUUUCUGAACACUUUCAGGAAUUUUGGAACAAUUCCCGGAAAAUGUAAUUGGAUUCGCAGCCUAUUUGCGAACAGACAGAUUCAUGGGCACCACACAUAUAUAUACAAACUGUAUAUAGAGCGAGGAGCGGUGAUAAAAGGACGAUGACAGUGAUGGAACACGGCGCUACUCAGGAGAGCAGAUAAAUGGCCCGCAUGAUUGAAAGCCUCCUAUUUUCAUCUCAGCCUCCAUCCGUCUCUUGGAGCACUCCGAUUAUUGUCGCCCGGUUGUUUCUCCAAAAAUUGAAGAGGCUGGAGAGAGACUCGGUCGGAUCAAUCUGCGAUAACACCGCUGCCUAUGAGGCGCUGGUGGAAUGAGCCUGAGAAGUGGUUAUGAGUAUGUGUGUGUGCAGUGUGGAGUAUUUUACAGAGCAAGACAAAGGAGAUGUUCCGCACCGUGUGGGUCUGUUUGGCCGAUGAAAAGUAGAAAAGGAGGUCGUUGUCAUGACGGGUGAGGCAACUCAUUGUAUCAAUUUCAUUGAUAAUUGAUACACGG